AUGAGUACUACAAGCUUGUCAUCCCAAGUGCAAUUGAGUCAAUGUAUGACUCUGCAGCCUCCUCUCUCUCGCCGUGGAAAAGGACCAGGAUUGAUUCUCAUUCGGCCGCUUUCUCACGCCAAAUGCCAAGAGGACAACAAGACGCUCGACCCAGAACCCUUGAAGAAAUGGGCCGAGGAGAGCUUUAUAGUGGCUCAGAUUGCUUUGGACAAGUCAAACAACGAGAAAUCUCUACUUGAGCUUAUCAGGGACGCCGAGCAUGCUUUGCUACAACGCCCAGAAUGUGACGGCGAGAAGAUUGGGUUGAUAGUAAAUGGAUCAAAGGGAGACUAUGACCCUCAAUUCGAGCAGUCUCUAGAGGAUCUGCUAGCUGGAGACACCAAACUAGCCACUGCAAUCUUAUUCGACUCUUGGGACAUCUCCUUCCAGUCGACUCUCUUCCAUCUCCCCAAGGACAAGGAGAGCGAUGGACACCAUAUCACGCAUAUAUACCCAGAUGUUUCAUCUGCCAACUUUGUGAUCCCAGGGCAUCCCGACUUCAAAAUGUCAACAGCAGGAGUGGCCCAUACUCGCAGUGCUGCAUUCAUCAAGAAGCACUUGGGCGGCCCGUACUUUGACCUCGAGAAGAUCUGGGAUGAGCAUACUUACUAUGAGUUUGGGGAUCGCUCUGUUGAGAAGACGAUGGCAACAAUGGUUCAGGAGCCUUAUGUCAACCAUGUCCCUACAUUGACUGGUGGCAUUGGACGAGCUCGUCUGAGUCACUUCUAUCUCAACCACUUCAUCUUCAAUAAUCCCGAUGACACGGCCCUUGAACUCAUCAGCCGGACGGUCGGUACAGAUCGGAUCGUCGACGAGUUUAUCUUUUGCUUCACUCAUGUGAAGCAGAUGGACUGGAUGAUUCCUGGUAUCCCCUCUACCGGCAAGCACCUGCGGAUUCCCUUCACGUCAGUCGUCAACAUCCGCGGCGAUCGCUUGUUCCAUGAACAUAUCGCAUGGGACCAAGCGACCGUGCUAGUUCAGCUUGGUCUGUUGCCGGAGUAUCUGCCAUUCCCGUAUGCCCUGCCAGAUGGAUCUGUUCCGGCCCCAGGAAAUCGCUUCGAGUAUCGCGUCCCAGCAGCCGGUGUCGAGUCUGCGCAGAAACUCGAGAAUGAGCAUGAAGUGUCCUCGAACCAGAUGUUCGAGUAUACGAUCCGCGAAGUCAAGGAUCAAUGA